UGGCCCGUGCUAUUGGAAUUGUGGCAAAGACUAUACCUCACACACUCGUGAAAUUCCAAAAAUCUUUCAACUAAACACAAUUUCCCGGCAAAUUGAAACCGCAAGGGUGAUAAUUCCAAAUAUGACCCUGCUUUUGCGGCCACCGCCUCCACCGCUCUUCCACCCAUUAUCCGGCGGCUGCCCCAAGUUCAAUCUCUCUCCAACAGGCAGCAAUAAUUUCCGUCAGCUUAGGACGACGUCAAUUUCUGCCUCCGGCGACAACGUCGACUCGUUCACCGCGAACUCGGGAUACUUGUUUCAACUCAGUGAGUUGGAGGCCGAGUCUCUUUCCGAGUACGAUAUCGCGAGGAUCGGUUCAUUUUGUAAGGGGAAGCCGUUGAUUUUGGCUCGUCGGCUGUUUCAGAUUGGUACUGCGUUUGGAAAAUGGUUUGGACUUCGGUAUGUUGAUGGGCUUAUGGAGAGAACUGAUACCAUGUUCAAGGUUCGAGCGGCUGAACUUCGGAAAAUACUGGUUGAACUUGGUCCGGCCUAUGUAAAAAUUGCACAGGCUAUUUCAUCUAGAUCUGACUUGAUUCCACCAUCGUACUUGGAGGAACUUUCAUUGUUACAAGACCGAAUAACUCCAUUUUCCAAUGCUAUGGCUUUCAGUACAAUAGAGCAGGAACUUGGGUUGCCGAUAGAUGAAAUAUUUUCAGAAAUUUCGCCAGACCCAAUUGCUGCUGCAUCACUUGGUCAGGUUUAUCAAGCCAAACUUCGGACAAGUGGACAGGUGAUUGCUGUCAAGGUCCAGAGACCAGGCGUUAAAGCUGCUAUUGCUUUGGACAUAUUUAUAUUGCGUUUUGUUGCCGGCAUAAUUCGGAGAGCGGGGAAAUUUAAUACGGACCUCCAGGCAGUUGUUGAUGAAUGGGCAUCAAGCCUUUUUCGGGAGAUGGAUUACAGGAAAGAAGCAAGAAAUGGAAUAAAAUUUAAAGAGUUGUAUGGUUGUCUUCCAGAUGUCGUGGUUCCUCAGAUGUACACGGACAAAACAACUCAGAAAGUCUUAAUUAUGGAAUGGGUUGAGGGGCAAAAGUUGACUGAAGUCAAAGAUCUUUAUUUGGUUGAGGUAGGAGUGUAUUGCUCAUUUAAUCAACUGCUGGAGUAUGGAUUUUAUCACGCCGAUCCACAUCCUGGGAAUUUUCUUCGUACAUAUGACGGAAAACUAGCUUAUUUGGACUUUGGCAUGAUGGGAGAAUUCAAGGAAGAACUACGUGAUGGAUUCAUUGAAGCUUGCCUCCAUCUUGUAAAUCGGGACUUUGAUUCAUUGGCUACAGAUUUUGUUACUCUUGGGCUUCUUCCUCCGACUUCUGAGAGAGAUGCUGUCACAAAGGCAUUAACAGGUGUAUUUCAAAAUGCUGUUUCUAGAGGUAUUCGCAAUGUUAGUUUCGGGGAUCUCUUAGGCGAUCUGGGAAUCACCAUGUAUAAAUUCAAAUUUCAGAUACCCUCGUAUUUUUCCCUUGUCAUACGAAGCCUGGCUGUCCUGGAGGGUAUUGCAAUUACCUUUGAUCCUAAUUACAAGGUUUUGGGUAGUACAUACCCGUGGAUUGCAAAGAAAGUCUUGAUGGGCACUUCACCAAAGUUGAAGUCGUCUUUGCAAAAUCUUCUUUACAAGGAUGGUCUUUUCAGGAUUGACCGUUUAGAGUCACUAAUGAAUGAGAUGCUUCGCGCUAGACUAGAUAAGGCCUUGGUCAAGAAGAAUGAAUUUGACCAAAAGUUAAUCUCCAAGGAUAUUUUAUCUUUCACGCUAGCUGAGCAGGGUUCUUUUGUACGGGAGAUUUUCCUUGAAGAAACCGCAAAGGGUUUAGAUGCAUUGGGGAUAGCUACUAUCAACUCCAUUACUUCUGGAUCCACUGCAUUUCUACCAUUUCCGGUUCCGUUUCUGUCAUUUUCCAUGACUGACGAGGAUGUUAUCAACUUGAGGAACUUCCACCGCAUUUUGCUAUUGAUGUCAGGGAUGCAGGAUUCUGGAGCAGAAAUUGAAAAGAUCAAUACCUUUGAGAAUCAGAAAUCAUCAGCGAUGGACAUAUUCCAGCUUCUUUCCCGGAUUCCCCCUACUCAGGAAAUUCAGCCCGUCCUUGCUUUUGUGAAUGAGCUUCCAUCGGAACAACAGCAGCAGUUGUACAGUUUACCAUCUGAGGUGCUUGCAAGAUUUCUAUCACGUGUUGCUGCAAGAACAGUUCGUAGAUUUUUCCUUUGAAUUUUCUUGGCCCUAUUUAUCUAUGCAAUGACUGUCUGUGAUAUAAAAUUGUCGGUGAUUGCAUAGAAAUAAUUCAUAUGUUAUAGAUUCUCAAAUAAAAUUCCAUUAUAGUAUAGCAUGGUUUUGAUACUAUUCAACACAUUA